CACCGAACCCAACACAAGUUUCCUCUUCCCCUUAAACCCUUUUUCUUAUAAAACAAAAUCCUCACUUCUUCUCUCUCAUUUCUCCUUCUUCCUUCUCUCGCCUCUCCUUAUCCCCAUUCCGCAAUGGCGUCCAUCACUCUCCCCGGCGCCAUCCGCAUCUCCCCCCACCCUUCCUCCGCCGCAAACUCCGCCUCCUCUCGCCGCCCCAAAACCCACCUCCCUUCUUCCUUCCCCAAAUCCAACCCCAUCAAAUCUUCUCUCUCCUCCCACAACAACCCCACCUCCAACAACACCACCAACAACAACCCUUCUUCUUCUUCCAAUUCUACCCCCCUUCAAUCCCUCCUCUCUCACCCCAUUAUCUCCAAAACCCUCAUCAUCUCCAUUCCCACCGGCAUCCUCCUCUUCGCUCUCGGCGGCGGCAGUGGCGGAGGUAACAAUUUUUUCAAUGGCGGAGGUGGGGGAGGUGGAGGCGGAGAUGGGUUUUGGUGGUCAAAAUUCUUCUCUCCCCCUGCUUUCGCCAAAGACGAGGAGACCGAGGGUUGGGAUUCUCAUGGUCUUCCUGCUAACAUUGUUGUUCAGCUUAAUAAGCUAAGUGGGUUUAAGAAGUACAAGGUUUCUGAUAUUCUCUUCUUCGAUCAACGACGUCGGUCUACUGUUGGUACUGAGGAUUCUUUCUUUGAGAUGGUUUCUCUUAGACCUAAUGGUGUUUAUACAAAGGCCCAGCUUCAGAAAGAGCUUGAAACCCUAGCUACUUGUGGAAUGUUUGAGAGGGUUGAUUUGGAGGGGAAAACUAAUCCUGAUGGUUCUAUUAAGGUUACUAUAUCUUUUCUUGAAAGUACCUGGCAAUCUGCUGAGAAAUUCAGGUGCAUUAAUGUGGGGUUGAUGCCCCAAACAAAGCCGGUGGAGAUGGAUCCUGAUAUGACGGAUAAGGAGAAGCUUGAUUUCUUUAUAAGCCAGGAGAAGGAUUAUAGGAGGAGGAUUGACCGGGCUCGGCCAUGCUUGUUGCCCACCCCAAUUUACCGGGAUGUGAUGAAGAUGUUGAGUGAUCAGGGGAAGGUGACUGCAAGGUCACUGCAGAAGAUUAGAGAUACGGUUCAGAAAUGGUACCAUGAUGAGGGGUAUGCUUGUGCUCAAGUGGUGAAUUUUGGGAAUUUGAAUACAAAGGAAGUUGUUUGUGAGGUGGUUGAAGGGGAUAUUACGCAGUUGCUAAUUCAGUUCCAGGAUAAACUUGGAAAUGUAGUUGAAGGGAAUACUCAAUUUCCCGUUGUUUGGAGGGAAUUGCCUAAGCAGCUUAGAGUAGGUCAUGUCUUUAACAUAGAAGCAGGAAAGCAAGCUUUGAGAAACAUAAACUCUCUGGGUUUAUUUUCUAACAUUGAAGUGAAUCCACGUCCUGACGAAAAAUCUGAAGGAGGAAUAAUUGUUGAGAUUAAGCUUAAAGAACUUGACCAGAAGUCCGCUGAAGUGAGUACUGAGUGGAGUAUUGUUCCUGGACGUCAAGGGCAUCCAACACUGGCUUCUAUCCAGCCAGGCGGCACUGUCUCCUUUGAACACCGAAACAUCAAAGGUCUCAAUAGAUCAUUCCUUGGCUCAGUGACCACCAGUAACUUCUUCAACCCGCAGGAUGAUCUUGCUUUCAAGUUCGAAUAUGUGCAUCCAUAUAUCGAUGGUGUAUAUAGUCCUAAAAACCGCACUUUCCGAACAAGCUGCUUCAAUAGUAGAAAGCUGAGUCCUGUGUUUACCGGAGGCCCAGGACUGGAUGAAGUUCCUCCUAUCUGGGUUGAUAGGUCUGGUGUGAAAGCUAAUAUUACUGAGAAUCUUACCCGGCAGAGCAAGCUUACUUAUGGGCUUGUGGUUGAAGAGAUAACAACACGAGAUGAAAGCAGCCAUAUUGCCAUUGCAGGUCAAAGGGUGUUGCCCAAUGGUGGAAUUAGUGCUGAUGGACCCCCAACAACUUUAAGUGAUACUGGUAUUGACCGAGUGGCAUUCUUACAAGCAAAUAUUACACGAGAUAACACAAAGUUUGUAAAUGGAGCUAUAGUUGGUGAUAGAAAUGUGUUUCAGGUGGACCAAGGCUUGGGCAUAGGCAGUAAAAACCCACUCUUCAACCGCCAUCAACUAACAUUAACUAGGUUUCUUCAGUUGAAGAACGUAGAAGAAGGUGCUGGGAAACCACCACCGCCUGUACUUGUCCUUCAUGGUCAUUAUGGUGGCUGUGUGGGAGACCUUCCUAGCUAUGAUGCUUUUACCCUUGGAGGACCCUAUUCUGUGAGGGGUUACAACAUGGGAGAACUUGGUGCAGCUAGAAGCAUUCUUGAGCUUGCUGCUGAAUUGCGGAUACCUAUCAAAAACACACAUGCGUAUAUCUUUGCAGAACACGGAAAUGAUCUUGGAACUUCCAAAGACCUCAAGGGCAAUCCUACUGAAGUUUAUAGAAGAAUGGGUCAAGGCUCAUCUUAUGGAGCUGGUGUCAAGCUAGGUCUUGUGCGAGCUGAGUAUGCUGUUGAUCACAAUUCUGGUACUGGAGCAAUAUUCUUCCGGUUCGGGGAAAGAUUUUGAGCUCAGUAUAGUUUUUGUUUCCAAUUGUGCCUUAAUAAAACUUGAGGUUAAUUUAGCUUUUGAUAGAUUUGUGUAGAAUGGAGAGGCCAAAUUAGUUUUUUGAAGGUAAAUGGCGGAUUUCUAGGAAAGAUUGUUUGUUGAUUUCUUGUGGGUAGUAAGUAAAUCAGAAAUAAGAACUGAUGUUUUUUACUGUUCAGUAUUCAAUAUUUCAAUUGAAAGGGUAUUUUUUCUGCGUUGAUGUCAAAAGGAUAAUUUCUAUUAUUAUGGCAUAUAUGAAAUGAACAAGACACUUGUCCUGAUGAACA